CGAACCAGUAAAAAUAAUUAUUUUUCUAGAAACAAUGUACAAAAAAAUUGAUUUUGUAUGGUAGUAUAUGGGCGUUAUAAAAGAGGGCGUCCUAACCGAGGCUGGUUCUAUAAUUGUAAUAAUUAUAUACAUAUUUUAUAAGCAUGUAAUUCGUUUGGUUCUGCUGAAACAUAACUAUUUCCCACCUACUACACUUUUACCAUGUAGUCUAGUGGGGUUUAACUGUCAUAAAUUGGCACCUCAGGGCUACAAGGGAAAAUAUGGCUCAUAAAUUGGCACCUCAAGCAUAUGCAGCAAAAAUAAAAUUAAUGGUGUUUUCGAUGAAUGAAGAUGAAUGAAGAUGAAUGAAAUGUCUUGCAAGAGAAACAAAAAUUAAACACAUAGAGUCGGGUGUAGUCUGUAAGACUAGUUCAUCAAAAAUUCUGCUGUGUGCUUGCAGAAGGAGCUGCUUUAGAGACACUCCGGGAGACUAGCUGGCUCAGGCAGACUCGCUCACUAGUACUGCACGCACUGCACUAGGCCUGUUCAGCUUCUGUAUUCAAAGAAAAAGAAGCCAGUUUAAUAAUAAUAUAGGAGUGGCUAUUUUAAGCUUACCUUUGCUUGCUUACUAGCCUGGCAUAGCCAAAGAGAGCUAGCUGUGUUGUUUUUUCUGGCUGGCCGUAGUUCAGUGCUGCAGUACUAGGUGGAGGGAGGGGCUGACUAAUUGCACAGAGAGGGGGAGUGACUCUGUACCGGUCGCUUGGAGGGAGGGGCUGGCCGGCUGCUCAUAAUAUUAUUCUGUCGCAAGGCUUUGAGUGUGGACUGGAGCCCUGCAUGGCUCUGCUUGGAUUCAGAAACCUACACUGUAUUGAUAUGGACACGAUUGACCUUUCCAACCUCAACAGACAAUUUUUAUUCAGAACUGGUGAUGUUGGUAAGCCCAAGGCUAAUGUUGCUGCUGCGUUUGUAAGCAACCGUAUUCCUGAUUGUCACGUCACACCACAUUACAACAAGAUUCAAGACUUUGGGCCCGAAUUUUACCAGCAAUUCCACGUAAUCAUUUGUGGACUGGAUUCAAUUGUUGCUAGGAGAUGGAUAAAUGGAAUGGUGCUCAGCUUGCUUCGAUACGAUGAGGAGGGGCAACUUGAUCAGUCUUCUAUUGUUCCCGUUAUUGACGGUGGUACGGAAGGUUUCAAAGGGAAUGCUCGUGUGAUUCUACCUGGCAUCACAGCAUGUAUUGACUGUACGCUCGAUUUCUACCCACCUCAGAUUACCUAUCCGUUGUGCACAAUUGCUUCAAAGCCAAGACUUCCUGAACACUGCAUUGAGUAUGUGAAAGUGCUGCAGUGGCCCAAGGAAAAGCCCUUUGGAGAUACCACCAUUGAUGGUGACAGUCCUGAUCACAUUAUGUGGAUAUACGACAAAGCUGUAAAGCGAGCGGAUGAAUACAAAAUUCAGGGUGUUACAUACCGACUGACGCAAGGUGUAGUAAAGCACAUCAUACCAGCUGUAGCAUCAACAAAUGCAGUCAUUGCAGCUGUGUGCUCCACUGAAGCUUUCAAGCUAGCUUCAAGCUGCAGCAAACCACUUCAGAACUAUAUGGUUUUCAAUGACACUGACGGAGUGUACACUUACUCAUUUGAAGCUGAGAAAAAGGAAGAAUGUCCUUCCUGCUCCAUGAAGCCAGUAAAUCUCAGUUUCCCUGAAGACUCAACUCUACAAGAUGUAUAUAAUUAUCUCUGCGAGAAUGAGUCAUUUGCUAUGAAAUCUCCCGCCCUGACAGCUGUGGUGGAUGGCCGAAACAAGACUCUCUACUUGCCUACAAUUGAGUCUCUGGAGAAGGCAACUAGAUCAAAUCUUGGAAAGAAACUAUUUGAUCUGGGAAUUGGUGAUAAUCAUGAAAUCGUGGUAGCAGAUGUGACUUCACCGAAGCCAAUAACAAUAAUAGUCAAAUACACAUAUGGGAUGGAAGAGUAAAAAACUAUAAUGUGCGUGCCGUAAUUAAUACAUGUCGAUCUAUAAUUUUAGUAUUUCUAUACUAUAGCUGAUAUUAAAUGUCAUUAUUAAUUUUUAUGACACCUACAUGAUAAUUAUGACCACUUUUA